UGGUUUCACGCAUCAUAUAUAGAACAAGGAAAUCAAGGCAUAAUUAACUUAAUACGGCGUCGUCCAUAUAAGUUCGAUCUCCUUCGUCUCUAUCCUCCGUGAUCUAUUGAAUCACGGUUUCAAAUCACGGAGUGUGUAUAAGUCGACGAAUAUGUUUAGUUCGUUAAGACUGGCUACGAUGCGCUCGCACAAGAACCGUGCUAGGCCAGGAAGUGUUGCCACAUCCGCAAGUUCUGAUUCAAGAACAGAAGAGACAUUAACACAAACACAGUACCAUCCUCACAAUAACUUUCUUUUACUGGAUGAUGAUGAAGUGAAUAUCUUUAGCGCAUUGUCAUCGUUUUCUAACGUCUCAUCAAAAGUCGCGCAAGUGAAAUUGGAGCGCGAAGAUGGUAGUCUCGGUGUGACUCUUCGUGGAGGGAUGUCGAAAGCAUUGGUUGUAACGGGAGUAAAAGCGGAUGGUCCAGCCGCCAAAGAGGGUAGAGUCAGACCCGGUGAUCGAUUGCUGGCGGUAGACGAUACUGAGUUGAGGGGACUCACUUUAGCGGAGGCACAACAGGCACUUAGAAGGAGCUCGGACACACCGAUCGCAUCUCUCACAAUCGAAUAUGACGUUGCAAAUAUGGAGGAGGCACGAACAAUCACUUCAGGUCCGUUACUUGUUCAAUUGGAACGAGAUCUUUCAGGUAUACUGCUUUUCCUUCAGAUAUAA